CAGACCCCGGUGACACACACGCGGAGAUAGGAGAUGGAGGUGGAGAUUGGAUAGACCCCAGCAAACCACCACCACAUGCAACGCAUUGGGGAAAUGUCUAUAUGAUUUGCGAAUAAACGCUGGAAUUACGGCUGUUGAUGACACAGUACUGAAUAGUUUCUUCUGAUGCGUAUGAUGAAUCUGUUGAUAGGCUGGUAAUACAGAGUAUUUUUAACAUCAACGCAGUUCUCAAAGUGCGUUAAACGCGUCCGUUAGAGAGGACGGAUAACUCGAGUUAGAUCCACGCAGCAGUCACAGACAAACUGGAAAUUUCGGCACCUUAUGCGAUGGGCGGUGAAAGCUCUGUUAUCAUCAAUAAUAUUGCUUGCGUAAAGUUGGAAUCCCCUGCUGAAAGGACGACAUCUUUUCUACUAUCAUUGGAAUCUGUUAUAUAGAAAAUCGCACAAGCGUUGUGUUUUGUAUGGCAAGAGCAUGGAGAUGGUGUGCUGAUGCUGAAUCUAGUCAGGAUGCUGAUGCUGAGAGUUGCGUGGGCUUUAGCGGGAGCGGCAGUGUGCUGUUUCCUCAUCGUCCUCAUUCACUCCCGUUUUCGAAGAGACGGUCAGUUAGCAGCAGGCACUUGUGAGAUUGUCACUCUAGACAGAGACAGCAGUCAACCACGCAGGACAAUCGCCAGACAGACAGCUCGCUGUGCAUGUAAGAAAGGACAGAUCGCUGGGACAACGAGAGCCAGACCAGCCUGUGUAGAUGCUCGAAUCGUGAAGACCAAGCAGUGGUGUGACAUGAUGCCUUGUCUGGAGGAUGAAGGCUGUGACCUGUUAGUAAAUAAAUCAGGCUGGACUUGUACACAGCCCAGUGGCAAGGUGAAAACUACUACGGUGUCCUAACAGUGGCUGGGGUUUCUAGAGCACUACAAGACGAGGCUUCCUGCAGCUUCACCUGUCUGCUGUAGAUACUUGCUGUCUCUCAUCAGCUUUACACCUGCCUCUGCCUUCCCGUCUGCAUCUUGGCUUUGUAAAUGGGCAGCACCCUCUUGUGCCACAGAGACCAUAUGUUCACAAAACGGCCAUUGUAGUGCAGUUGGAGUCUCCGGGUCUUUCAAGACCACAAAAGGGAUAAUAUGGUUCCUAACACUGGACUAGACACUGACUUUAUUGGACUAAACCAGUGGUUUUGACCUUAGGCAAGACUGUGAAUCCAACUGCUCUGUGAAACAGCUUUCUCAUGGAGUACGUCUUUGGCGCUCACAGCUAUCUCACGGAGUACGUUAUUUGCGCUCACAUUUUUUUACACACCAAAGAGGAAAAAUAUGAACAAUAAAAAGAAUUAAUACCUUGACCAGUGGACAGAUGAAAACCAUAUAAUUGGUCAAGAAAAAAUUAAAUAUAAGACAAAACAUUAAGAAAGAUAGAAGGAUUAAUAUACAUAGAGAAGAGUUUGCUAUAUGGCAUUGGUUUGCAAAUUUUGAGACAGAACAUUAAAAUGAAUGUGUCAACCAAACCCAUUAAUCACAGAUGGAGGAAAACCUUUAAUAAUUAGGUAACAC